CCACCAGGACUGGAGCUGUGCGCUUGAACCGGGCUAUGCGAUCAAGCCAACCAAACGACGUCAACGGUGAACCGGCUGCGGUUAAACCUCUGCGUCCUUUCUUGGGGUUUCGCAGCCGAAACCUUCCGCAGCCUUCGAUCUCUCUACGGUUACUUGGAGCUUCCGGCGGCGGGAGAGGAUGGCCUUGUCGAGAUUCUAUGCGAUUCGGCGCUUCCAGCGGUCAUUUCAAACUCCCCAUCUUCCCUCGGAGUAUUCGAUCUCUUUCGGCUCUUUCCAUAAAACUGAUGCGAUUUACUCCCACUUCCCUUGUAAUCUCUUCACUCCUCGAUCCUCUUCACACUUCCUCAGUUCAGGACUAGAAGGGUUUGUUCUCCGAAGAAGCAUCGUGAGUUGUUCUUGCACGAUUAGCAGCAUCCUUCGUCCGGAUGCUGCCAGAGAUGGGAGCGGUUUCACGUCACGGUCAUCCACGAAGGUUGCAGAGUUCACUAUCUGUUUCAGUGGUUCUAGAUCGAUGUCCAUUGUGAAAGCCCCCGCUGGAGCAAGACAGGUGUCUUUGAAGGUGACCAUGCUGAGCCCAGGAUUUGUCUAUGAACCAUAUACGCCUCGAGAACCUAUUUCCUUUUGGAGAAGAUGGUUCACGCGAAGUGGUUGGAGAAGAACUAAAGAGGAUUUAAUUAUGGAGAUGAAGAGUGCUUAUGCCAUCAACAGGUUGAGAAAAGUAGCUGGAUAUUCGAAGAAGCUUUUUUAUCAACACACCUUAAGAUUGUACAAAGAGAUUAAUACUUUGUUGGCAAAAGGAGACACUUCAUCUCUAAGGAAAGUUGUCACCGAAAAAAUGUAUUCGACCUUGAAGAAUGAGCUAAAACGAAGAGAAUCAAUGUGGAGUUCCGUUCACUGGGAAUUGGUUGAACCUGUGGUUAGUGUCCGAACAUUGCGGGCUCGAAUGAUUGCUUUGGACAAAAAUGAUCUUGAUAAGGCUUUUAUACAGAUGACACUUGAAAUAACUGCAAAGCAGAGGUUUGAAGCAUAUAAUGCAAAAGGUGCUGUUGUUUCUGGAGACAAAACAAAAGAGGACAAGAUGUGUUCCAUCUCCAAUUUACAUGGUCACUGGUCAGCUAGAUGCCUGACUAAUAAAUCUUACUAGGAUGAAGAUGUAAGUAUGCACAAUCCAGCAUGCUAAUCUAUGUUAUAGAUGAAAGAAGAAAGGUACCAUCAUAUGUAAGUAUCAUCAUACUACUCUAUCGAUCAUUCAUCUUGUUCAUCAUUUAUAGGUCAGCAUUCACAAGCUAAAGCCCCACCCUUGAGUAUUCAUGAAGCAUCUCUAGAUGUUUUUAAAAUAUCUUAUCAUUAUUAUUGCUUGAUGAUUACAUGUCCUUAAAUCAUCCGACAAGUUUUUAAUUUUAUAGGAAUAAACCAUACUUUUACACUAUCAAUGUUGUGGAUGUUUCAAGAUUCUUUGGAACGAUCCACUCGAGCCUUUUCUACAAGAAGUGUAGUUUGGUAGAUGCUGCUUAAGUCAGCAUUGGACAAGUCCAUGCUCCAAGCAUGAAAGAUGGCAGCUCAGUCCUCUUCCCCCAUGGAAUUGCUGGUAGCCUCACAAAAAAUAGCACGAACAACCUCAACUCAGUAACAUGAAUAGAAUUUUCUUUUAGCAACACCCGAAGGGAAAAAAAAGCUCAUGCACUGGUUAUUUUGAUUUAUUGUCUAGGUAAUCUUCUAUAUCAUUUUAAGCUAGCUCUAGAAUCUCAGUCCAUACUGGGUUUUGAUACCUUGUUGGACCGGUAUGGUACUAGUUUUCUGGGUGGUAUGUCAAACGAUGCUGCAUGGUAUGGCUGAAAAAUGUAGAAGGAUGAAAACAGACUCUUCAUUGGAACCUUCAUUUCAGGCAUGUUAUGUACCAGAAGCAUCAAUAUCCUUUGCUGUUAAUUCAGAUGCUCUCUUCUGAAAUGCCAGUUGUAAUGAUUUUUGAUGUUUAGGAGAAGACUAGCUUAGUGGUUCUUGAUGUAUGAUAAUCAU